AUGUCUUCAGCAGAGGUGCAAGCCGAGAAACUAGGUCAUACAAACUUAGAAAUCGUUUCGGUCACAGAAGAUGAGCUGCCAACAAUCGAACUCCCCCACAUCGCGCAAAGAAUCCCCAACAUACUUGAAGCAAGGAUAUUGCCAGUUGAGGCAGUUACACACAGUUGCAUUGGAAAGUUCCAGUGUCAUACAUCCUCCUCUUGUAUAUGGCACACAGCUCGGUGUGAUGGUACUAAGGACUGCCCUUCUGGAGAAGAUGAGCUGGGAUGUGAGUGUGGUUCCAGGCCUCGAUAUACACCUCGGAUUGUUGGUGGGAACGUCUCGAUGGUUGGUAAUUGGCCUUGGCAGGCAAGUCUUCACUUCGAUGGACAGCAUCUGUGUGGAGGAUCCAUCAUUGCUUCCCAGUGGAUAGCGACUGCUGCACAUUGUGUUAUUGAGUUUAUAUUUCUCUCCUCAUGGAAAGUAUAUGUUGGAAUUGUAGAGCAGCCACUGACUGAUAGUUCAUCCUACGUUGUGGAGAAGAUCAUAUAUCACAAGAAAUACAAAGGACGGACUUAUGAUUAUGACAUUGCACUCAUAAAACUGGCGAGGCCAUUGAUGUUUAAUGAUUGGAUUCAGCCUAUCUGCCUUCCCAAUUCAGGACAAGAGUUUGCAGAAGGUACAGUCUGCUGGAUUUCAGGAUGGGGUCUGACUGAUGAAGGAGCAGAUGAAAUUUCUGUCAGUCUAAUGGAGGCCCAGGUUCCCCUAAUAUCCAAUCAUGUGUGCAGCCGCCCAGAAAUAUACUACAAGAGGAUAAGCUCCAGAAUGAUUUGUGCUGGGUACCUUCAGGGAGGGAUCGAUUCCUGCCAGGGAGACAGCGGAGGCCCCCUUGCCUGCAAGGAGAACAAUGCUUGGAAAUUAGUUGGAAUUACAAGCUGGGGAGCAGGCUGCGCAAAUCAGAACAAACCUGGAGUGUAUGCACGGGUCACUGAAUACCUAGACUGGAUCCACAAACAAAUGGAGGUACACACCAACGAGCCGGGGCUCUGUGCUCACAAUGUUUAG